CUCCACAGCCCCGUAAAAAAGACAGCCAUCAUGCUCAUCCGUCAUCGUCAUCAUCAGUGUUUGGAGGAGCCUCGAGGGGGAGGGAGAGCACCGCCACGUUAAAGAUGUUUAUCAAGCCGUUCAGGAUCAAAUCACAGACUCAGCUCAAGGGUUCUGACAGAAAAAAGCUGCGAGCUGAGCUUUCUGAAGGCUUUCCCUCCCUCUCUGCCAAUGACCUGUCAGCGCUGGUGCCCAACAAGGAGGAUGUGGCUGUCAUCCGCAUGUAUUGCUACAAGGGGGAGUCUGUCCUUGUGUACCAGGUACAGAAGGAGCCCAUGUUCUUUGUGCUGGAGAAGAAGAUGUACCCAACAGUGUACAUGCUCUGGCGCCACCCACACCUGCUGCACACCUUCACCACACACCCGCCAGUUAUCAGUGUACUUGCUGGCGGCGCCGACCUCAUGUUGCCGGGAAUUGUCACAAAGGGCGAGAUGAGCCCAAAGUCAUACGGGCGAUUUGAAAAAGGUUUCCCCGUAGCCAUCAACACCACUGAGAACAAGGCUCCCAUGGCAGUAGGAAUCACAGCCCACAGCUCCAUGGACAUGUACAUGGCCGGGCGGCAGGGCAGGGGGGUGUCUGUCCUACAUGUGUAUCAAGACUUGCUGUGGGAGAUGGGUUCCAAGACUGCUCCCCCUUCACUUGGAGUCCCAGAUGUUGUAGCGGAAGAGUCUAGUCCUGCUGCUGCGUCUGUUCCUACCUCUCCUCUUUCUGAGGAUGAGAAUGCAGAGAGCAGUGACAGCAGUGGAAGGAAGGAGGACGGAGAGGCAGAGGGGAACCAGCUGGCGACUCAAACCCAAGAGAUGAAUAUACAGAGCUCCGGAGAGGCAGAGAGUGGCAGUAGUGGUGGAGGUGGUGGUGUUACGGAGGCAGCUGACCAAGUAGAGGCGGCGACAGGUCCCGAGGCGAUGGACAAUCUCUUGCUGCACUGCUUCAUCAAGACCUGGAAGACGUCCGCCAAGAAGAUCGACCUCCCAAUCCUCACCAGCAACUUCUACCGCCUCCACAUGAUCCCUGCAUGUCCAGACGGGGUCACGCUGGACAUCAAGAAGUCAUCGUACAAGAAGCUGUCAAAGUUCCUCAAUGCCAUGGCCAAGAAGGAUCUGAUUCAGGUUAAGGAGUUCCCGAAGGGCAUCGAGAACAUCACUGCCGUCAACUGGGCACACGAAGACAUCAAGUCCUUUGUGGUGGACCUGGAGGAGACCACUAUCAGGCCUGACCCAGUCAAGAGCAACAGUGGGUCCGGGUUUGUCCCCCCAUCCAUAGAGGAAGUCUAUCAAGUGUCUGGUGAUACGUUAGCUUUCUUCAGGGCAAAUGGUCUCAGUAAGGGUGAUGUGCUGCUGUCCACAGAAGUGAGAACAGUAGUGACAGAAUACAUCAAGAGAAAAGGCCUGAAGAAGGAGGGUGAGAAGACGGUGAAUCUGGACCCACUGCUGCACGAGGCUGUGGUGAGCAGGAAGGAAGGUUACAAAGAGAAGCUGCGCUGGGACGAGAUCUUCUCCCGAAUGCUGGGUAAGAUGUCACCAGCCGCCAGGAUCACUCGCUCCGGCUGUGUGCCUGUCAUCCGCAAGGGCAAGCUGGAGCCCAUUGAGUUGGCCGUGGCAAAGAGGAGCGGCAACAAAAAGGUCACGCUGGUAUACAACGCCAACAUUUACGGCAUCGAUGAGGCAGAGUUCGCCCAUCAGAUCCAGGUGGGCGUAGCGGCCAGCACGAGCGUCGGCCCAGCUGAGCAUAAGCCCCAAGGCACCAUACAGGUUCUGGUGCAGGGGAACCAAGUGGCCUUCAUUGGCAAGCUUCUUUUAGAAACUUACCAUUUGCCAAAAAAAUACAUCCGUGGCCUUGAGUUGGCUUCAAAGGGGAAGAAGUAAGGUUUGGCGAGGCUCCUCCAUGAACACUGGAAAAGAUGCUUGGGAAAGGCGGCGGCAGCAGCAGUGUCCAAAGGGCGUCACUGCAAAGGCAACAACAACAAGCCAAUUGACAGUCACGACAAUGUUACGUCUGGAAGAUGA